GGUCGUGGUGUGAGCCAGCGCUGUGCCCUCAGGCCCCCCCCCCCCCCGUUUGCACACAUUCUCUGGCACGGCCUCCCGGGUUUCCGAAGGCGGGCGGAGCCGGGCGCUUAAAUAGCCCGCUUGGCGCGGAGCUCGCGUUGUAGUGCAGCCGGGAGAUUUUCGGCUGAGGAGAACACCGCCCGCCGUCCCCUCGGCUGCAGCGCUGCACGUUCUCCUCUCUUUCUCUGGCGGUCAUCGCCCCGGGAGCUCCAAGGGGUCUUACACCGGGAGGACUAGAGCGCCAUGCCUUUCCUUCUGGGAAUGAGACAGGUAAUCUGGGAAAACCAAGGUCACUUGGGAAAUGUUUUUGGUAAUUUGGGAAAACUGGUGAUUUGGGAAAACUGACCUCUCUAGACUUCAGUAAACUCGGGGAACAAAAUGUGACUUUGAUGGAGGGGAUGCAAAGAUGGCAAGAAAUUGAAAUAUCAGCUUCUAAACAUCCAUAUUUUUAGUGAACCAUCGCUAGAGAUUUUCAUAUGACCAUGAAGACUCCAAUUUAUGUGCAUCAUGUUUUGUAUUUGGCAUUAAGAAUUCUGGGAAUACUGCAGGGAUUCUCACUGAUGUAUAAAUAGCCAGGUGGGGUUGAAGGGUGAUUGUUAUUGGUAAUGCACUGCGGAUGAAACUGGUGGGAUCCGCAGUGAGGUCACGGUGUAGUUCUGUGUUUCUCAUAACUUAUAGUGAUUUAUAGUGCUGAAAUGGAAGCAACACACUCCGCACAGUGCAUAACAGGAAUUCUGUUCGUUUUUUUAAAUGGGGGCAAAGGUUUUACUGCAGUAGGUUCUAGAUCUCUUUAUUACUCAUUUUGUGUUCAAGUAAUAAUACAGCAGGAAUGAAACAGAGGAAAUGAGUGGCAUACUGGAUUUCAUUGUUUUUCGGAAGAAGGCUGAACUGGUGCGUUUUCCAGUCGUUCCUUAGAACAAUCACACCAGUGUUGCGUUUGAACAGAUGGACUGAACAGCGACCGUUCAGUAGUGCAUUGGGGUCUUUCUUUUUGUGUGUGUGUGUGUGUGCUGUGAUGUCCCUGGUGGUUCGAGUUUAUCAGUGUCUAUUUCUGUUGCCCGUUCAGUGUUCUGCUCUGUUUGUCUUCCAGAACAGGCUGCUAUGCGCUGGACUGAACAAUCAGAGCUACGUCUGUGAGUUUGGACACUGCUGUGGGGAGUCCCACUGCUGCAGUUACUACUAUGAGCUGUGGUGGUUCUGGCUCGUCUGGGUGAUCAUCAUCAUCCUCAGCUGCUGCUGCAUCUGCCACCACCGACGCAGCAAGCACCGGCUGCAGCAGCAGCAGCGGCAGCACGAGAUCAACCUCAUCGCCUACCGCGAAGCCCGCAGCCAUGCCUCCCUGCCCUUCUACUUCAGUAAGCGCCCCCGCCACGCCUCCCUGCCCUUCUACUUCAGGUUUCUGCCCAAUUAUCUUCUGCCCGAGUACGAGGAGGUGGUGAACCGCCCCCCGACACCGCCCCCUCCUUACAGUGCCUUGCACGCCGGCCAAUCGGCCGGUGCCAGCCCUCUGUCGCCGGAGCAACCGGACGAGCUCCGCCUCCCGACGCAGACCACUCCGGUCCCCCCGGCGUCGGACACGCCCCCCUCGAGGCCCGGCGGGGCGGAGCUGGACCCGCCGGCGGGGCUGAGCCGGAAGGAGGACGGGAGGACGCCCGCGUCCGAGGAGCAGCUGCCGCCGUCGGACCGCGCCGCGUCGGCCCCGGAGCGGGACGGGCGCAAGGACCCGCCGGGGGGGGACUCGGGUUCGGAGGGCCGCCCCGAGGACAAGGACGGCCCCGCGGGGCGCCACCGCUGCUUCACCGGCGACUCGGGCAUCGAGGUGUGCGUGUGCAGCGGUUACCCGGCAACCGAGGAACAGCCGGAACUGAAGGGGCUGCUGGGAGAUUUCUGCGAGGGCUGCGACUCCUGCGGCCCGCCCUCCGCCGCCACCGGGAGGAGGGGGGAGGAGGAGGAGGAGGAGGAGCAGACCCCAGAGAGGAGGCCGGACCAUGGGGCUGUGCCCCUCCCCCCGCGGGCCCCAGUUAACCUCCUGCACACCAUCACCGAGCAGGAGGGGUCUCUCCAACCUGGCAACGCUGCUGAGAGCUAUCACACCUGCUGCUGAAGAUUUUUUUUAAAAGACUUUGUUGUACUUUUUGUUGUGUACUGGUGUACGACUGUGAGUGAAUGAGGAUUAGGGACUGUGCACCAAACCUCUUCUCGGUUCCGGUGAAGUUUUCAGUAGUGCUUAGGCACCGGGAAGCGCCUCAGACUCAUUAAGAUGGCGAUCUUCAUCUCGGGUCCUGGCGAGCUGCUGGGUCUGCUGGUUUUUGCUGUUUAACUGAUUAAUGAGCAGCCGAUUACUCCGUUAACUCAACACACCUGGUUACUUGGGUCUGGAUCGGUUGCUGAUAUUAAGGCAAAAAAAAAAAAAACUAAAACCAGCAGACCCUGCUGCCCACCAGGACCAGGAGUGGAGACCAGGGCUACGCGAUGUCGCACAAACAGCAAUGGGAGUGAUACUGAUGCAUACUGUCAGCGGUUGCCAGAUCCUCGCACUAGUGUCGCCUGGCGUUUGCGUUAAUGGAUUGAGUUGACGCAGCGCAGUACAGUACUCCCAAAGGGCGUAAGUAUCUAAGACUGAGACGGCGCAGCGUGUGCUAGACUCGAUGUCCCUGCUUCCUUUGCCGUCAGGAGACCUGAUGCUGACCGAACGGCGCAAAGCUAGCAAAGGCCGUUUGGAUCGGCUGGGUCGUCAUUGCAGUGGGGGAAGCAGAAUAAGUGCAUUUACCAGUGGAUUCAAGUUUGGCGUUUACCUUUUGCACAUUUGUGUAAACUUAUUUAUCUGUAAUGGAUCCUGCAGGGCUAAGAAAUAAAUCAAAUAGCAGUCCUGUAUCUGUGAUUGCAUCUUAAUUCACGUUAAGCUCUCUUUGUUUUGUAAGUGAAAAAAAAAGCAUAUUGAUUGUGAAUAACCCAACUCAAGACUCAAGCCUAGUACUGUCAAACGGUGAUUGUAUUUUUGAGUGCAUAUUGAUUUUUGCUGCAAAUGAGCUCCAUGUGUUUUGUGGCCUUGUAGUAAUAUUCAUAAUUCCAACCUUCAGUUUAAUGCAUAGGAGAUUCAUUACUUUUGUUCAUUCACUGGUUAGGAAUAUGCCAAUAAUCACAUGGUCUGCAAAGACCAGCUGUUGAAAGGUGUAGUGUGCCUUUGGUGAAAAAAUAGGUGCUUUAAGCUUCAGAUUUUAUCUGAGGCAAUUUCUGCACUCUCAUUUCAUUCUUAUUGAAGCAAAGCAGUUUGUUUUCUCCUGUGUCUUAAAUUGAAAGGUUGUGUGAGCAGGGGUGGACUUAUGACCAUAAUAACUUUUUACAUUACAGUACUUUUUUUUUUUGUUGUAAGAUUUAUUUUCUCCAAAACAUUUGUGUUGCGACAUGACAGAAUGUUAAGUAAAAUCAUAUUCUUUGAAUUAGCUUACAGUAUGUCCUGUAUUAUGGCAAGCAAUGUCACUGUGCCUCUACUGUAAGAGAUCUGAUUGGUUGUAGCUGUGAGGAAGUCACUAGAAGAUUCCAUCGCCUGGCGUUUGAUGUGUUGAAGCAGCUCUGCUUUCAGCAUGGCUGGUCUGUUAUCUGGGGCCGUAGAAAUAUAGGGGGGAAAAUGGCCUUGCUCAAAAGGCCAUUUCCUGUACACAUCAGAAGAUGUGUGUGGAGUCAAGAUGACUCAUUAUAAUUCACUUUGUUAAAUCAGUUGUGAAAGUCUAUGUAAGUUACAAAAAGAAAAUACUAAAAUAGGGUUGGUUUCACAAUUGAACGUUACUCAUGUUUCAUGUGAAUCGGGCAAUGAUUUUACCACCUUUCGCAACUACGUUUGGCGAAUCAUUUCACAGUGCUGCUCUGUUCAUGUAAUUGUAACGCAAUCCUAAAAGCACAGAAACUAAUUUGUAUGUAUGAACGUUCUUCGCCUCUGUGUGCCAGAGAUUGCGUUGGCCGUUACGGGGUUGUGUGUUGGCUGCGAUUUUUUAGUGACGCUAACGGUCCUGUGGCUUUCUGUUCCGCGAUUCGCACGAAGAGUGUGGGGGGUGUUUUUCGCUGCGAUGAAUAUCUGUCGGCACUAUCGCAUAAAUAAAUGAGCGGCCAUGCUGACAGACGACUGCGCGGAUGAGGCUCUGAUGUCUGACACUUAAGCACAGCUGUGAAUGUCCGUCUGUUUUGAAAUUACAGGCUCUGGAAUAGCUAGACCUCUUGUGCCAUCGUUCAGUACACAUGUCAUUUGUCAAAGAGCCUCCAGAUUGCCCAGUGUGCUACCAGAUGCAGGUUUAUCUAAAAUGCAAUGCGUGAAAAUUGUACCUUUCGGAAAGGCCUGUCUUGCUUUUUUUUCAGUCCGGCACGCUGUUGGUCAUGCACCUUUGUCUCCCCCUAGAGGCGUAAUUAUGACGCGCAGCCGAGGUGUUUUCCAGGAAACCAAGAAUAACAAAUGGCCUUCAGUAAUCCCCAGCAACUGCAUGCAGGAAAAACCCUAGUCACUUUAAUGCAGCAGUCGAGAGAACGUAAGUGCUGUUUCACUUAUUUGGUGUUGAAGUAUUAUUAACACAAUGGUCACGCUGAUGAGGCUGAACUGGGGUUGACAUGUUUACUGGCUGUUGUCACGUUGGGUCUACAGAUGUUGCUGAAAUGUUGCGUAUCUAUGCAUUUUAAAUGGAGGAUAUGAAUGACAUGCAAAGGAAGGUCUAUAUGUAAUAUCCCCCCGUGUAUCCACCACGCAUGCCCAUUUAAACUAGACUGUGCUUUGUUUGUUACUAAAGAUUUUCUUGCAGUUUGCACACUUCACAUCAACCAAAAAUAAGCUGUGUUCAUAUCACGAGUCACACUCGUUCAGUUUGAUGAUUUGAUUAUGAUUUUGCCGCGAGCAGUUUUUUCUUAUUCAGGUAUUGUGUGAUGCUUGCUUUGGUUAGUCUUUCAGCCAAAAAAAAAACAUCACUUGUAUCACGUGUAUCAUUCGAUUGUUUAUUUUUGCAGACCAAAAAUAAGUCUCUAUGUAGUUGAUGUUCAAAAACAGAACAUAGGGUUGUCUGCGUCACUGUUCUCAUUGGAGCAGGUAUCAAGUUAAUAAUCCCUUUCCCAAUGGAGUUUGCAAGGUGAUGUCAGGUACUGACUUUGCAUUUCUUAAUGUUUAGCAUAAAAGCCUUUCAUUGCUACAUGUAAAGCCUAUUGUAGUCAUUUUGUUUAAAGCAUCAGCCAAAUCAAGGAAUAAUGGGAAUGUUAAAUGUUAAAUAAAAAUAACAUAAGUA